AGCUAUCUGUCAACUCCCAGAGCCCCAUCCAGUGAGAGAGAUGCAAGCUUUCCUGGGAAUGGUAGGUUGGUGUCGUUUAUGGAUAGCAAAUGAUGGACUUCUAGUAAAACCUCUAUAUAGGGCCUUAAAAGCAGCCGAGAGAGGAAUUAUUCCAUGGACUGAACAUGCUAGAGCAGCUUUUAAACAGCUGAAACACUCACUGAUGUCAGCUCCAGCAUUGGGACUGCCAGAUUUAACUAAACCUUUUGAACUUUUUACAUAUGAGAGACAGAACAUGGCUUUGGGGGUGCUAGCACAGCGUCUCGGGAACCAGCGGAGAGCUGUGGCCUACUUUUCCAAACAGCUGGAUAGUGUUGCCCAAGGUUGGCCGGGGUGCCUAAAGGCUGUGGCAGCCACUGUCAUUUUAAUCCAGGAGGCCCGAAAACUUACCCUUGGGCAACACAUUGUGGUGUAUGUACCCCAUGCCGUGGCAGCUGUCCUUGAGCAAAAGGGGGGACAUUGGCUGUCUGGCAACCGGAUGCUGAAAUACCAAUCACUGUUGUUAGAGCAAGAUGAUGUUACCCUAAAAACAACUUCUGUUGUUAACCCUGCUAUGUUUCUGUCCUCCAUCUUAAUUGACAAUGAGCCGGAGCAUGACUGCUUGCAGAUAAUUGAGGAGGUCUAUUCCAGCCGACCAGAUCUGAAGGAUGUGCCCAUGGAGAAUCCAGAUUGGGAACUCUUUACCGACGGAAGCAGCUUCAUGAAAAAUGGUAAAAGGAUGACAGGCUAUGCAGUGACCACACAGGAUAAGGUGAUCGAGGCAAAGGCCCUGCCAGCAGAUGUGUCAUCGCAGAAAGCUGAGCUGAUUGCACAUCUAGACCUGAGUGAGGGAAAAAAGGUAAAUAUAUGGACCGAUUCCAAAUAUGCAUUUAGUGUUGUCCAUGCCCAUGGAGCCAUUUGGAAAGAGAGAGGACUUUUGAAUGCUCAAGGUAAUCAAAUUAAACAUGCUGAGCAAAUACUCGCCCUCUUAGAGAGCAUUAAAAGACCUGCAGAAGUAGCUGUCAUGCACUGUAGAGGUCACCAAAAGGGGAAAACUGCUCCAGAAUUGGGAAAUUGCUUUGCUGAUAAAAUGGCAAGAAGGAUUGCAGAAAAGGGUAUUCUUGCAGUAAUUCCACAGAAAGAGAUUGAUUUGUCAGGGUACACCCCAAAAUAUGAUCAGGCAGACCACAAACUAAUAAAAUUCCUUAAAGCUAAAAUCACAGAAAGUGGGUGGGCUGUUACCCCGACGAACCAGGUGGUAGUCCCACCCCUGAUCCUUCGGGAAUUAGUUCAGAGAGAACACGAAACCACACAUUAUGGGGUUGAAAACCUUUUGAAACACCUAAGAAAGGUAGUAAUAGGGAAGGGAAUGAUUGAUAUUAUACAAUCAGUAGUGAGUAAAUGUGAGAUUUGCUGUAAAAACAACCCCGACACAAGAAAGAGAGUUGUAUUAGGAAUAACAAAGGCAGGAGAUCUUCCUGGGGAUUACUGGCAAAUAGAUUUUGCGGAGUUACCACGCAAAGAGGGAUACCGGUACAUACUGGUAUUGGUUGACACCUUCAGUGGAUGGCCAGAAGCUUACCCCUGUCGCACUAACACAGCUAGGGAGGUGGUGAAAGUUUUGCUUAACCACAUAAUUCCGAGAUUUGGGGUUCCCUUGGGAAUAUCAUCAGAUAGGGGACCACACUUUGUCGCAACAGUGGUCAAAGAUGUUAGCCAGAUUUUGGGAAUUACUUGGGAUCUACACACACCUUAUAGACCCCAAGCGAGUGGUAAAGUUGAACGUAUGAAUGGGACUCUUAAGAGACAAAUUAGUAAAAUUUGUCAGGAGACAUCCAUGACGUGGGUUCAGGCCCUACCUAUAGCUUUAUUGAGAAUUCGCAUUCAACCGAGGCGGAGGGGUAACAUCAGUCCCUAUGAAAUACUGUAUGGCAGACCAUAUCAAAGUCCACACAUUCCAGGUGAAAUUCAUCUGAAGGGGAAAUGUGAUCUGCAGCGCUAUUUAAUGGCUUUAGGUUCCACUUUACAGAAGCUUCAGCGUUACAUCGUGUUAUCCAGACCCAUAGGACUGGACACACCUGCACAUCCGUUCCAACCUGGAGCUUGGGUCUAUGUAAAAUGGUGGGACAGUGAUCCUCUGCAAGCUAAGUGGAAAGGGCCAUUCAAAGUCCUGCUGACAACCUUUAGUGCAGUUAAAGUUGCUGACAGAGGACCCUGGAUUCACUAUUCCAGAAUUAAGAAAGCUUCAGCUCCCAAACAAUUAUAACAACAAAGACUGAUGUUAAUGAUAACAUAUUUUAAGGUGAUUUCUCUUUUGCAUUUAAUUACCAUUAUUCUUUAUGUAACAUUUGGCUGUAUAAAAUAUUAUUCUUAUUAGAUGUUUAUUGUUAUUAGUUAUUAGUUAUAAGGUGUAUGUUUAUUAAUAUGUAUUUACUAUUAGAUAUUUAUCUAAUGUUAGAACUUCUGUUAUUAGAUACUUAUCGGUUAUUGGGUGUUUACUGUUAGUAAAAUUUAAAAUAGAGACUUGACAAGGUAGAGGCCUUGUCAAGCCUCUAAAGGGGGGAAAUGAUGCCUUAAGUUUGGAGUUUUCUGUUCUGCUUGGGUAUGCUUUCCGUUGAGCUUAAGGUGGUGAAGACAAAAUAGUCCGAUUCGAGCUAUUGAUUCAAGGACAGUUUCUUCAAACUUUAGGCCCUAAGUAUAAACAGCGUGAAAAGAGGAGGGCGGGCCAUCCAGGAGAAGAGGAGGAUAACACCUUACAAUUUGAGACUAUUAAUUGGAUGGUUGACUCCUGUAUGUAAAUGGA